AUGAGCAAGCCAAAAGUAUUAGUCAUUGGAUCAGGUGGGGUAGGCACCAUCUCCGCAGUAUCAUUGAAACACAAUAAUCAAUCAGAAGUCACGUUGGUUGUUCGUUCCGAUUACGACUUGAUUAAAUCUCAAGGAUACUCGAUCAACUCAUGCACGUAUGGGAAGUUGGAAAAUUGGCAACCGCAUAACCUUGCCAAAUCAGUUGACGAUGCAGUUGAAAGAUUCGGACCAUUUGAUUACAUUCUUUUAACUACGAAAAACAUUCCCGAUGGACCGGUCACUUGUGAAGAUAUAAUUGCCCCAGCAGUCAAGACUGGUGACGAAGUGAUUAUUUUAUUGCAGAAUGGAAUUAAUAUUGAAAAAACCAUGUUGAAAAGAUUCCCCGGUCAUUUGAUUCUUAGUGGUGUAUCAUUGAUUGCUAGUACUUAUCACCAUGGCCAUGUUGAGAAUAAGGGUCCCGAUAUUGUAUUCCUUGGAGAUUUUGUAAAACCCAGCCAACAUCCAUUAUCAAAAGCCAAGAUUGAUGAAUUUAUCUCCAUUUAUCACAACCCCGAUUAUAACAAGAUCGCCGUUGACGUCAACGUUCAAAAGACGAGAUGGGAGAAGUUGAUUUACAACUCGACAUUCAACACAAUAACUGCGUUGGUUGACUUGGAUGCUACUAGAUUGCAAAUUAAUAACGCCAACGAAGAGUUAUUGCGUCCAGCAAUGAAUGAAGUUAUAGCAAUAGCCAAGAGUGUUGGUGUUGAAUGUGACGUUACCAAAGUUGAGAUGCUGAUUCAUAUAGGUGAUGGGUUAUUCUAUGCACCAUCAAUGUGUGUUGAUAUGAGAAAGAAGCAAUUGAUGGAAUUGGAAAUCAUAUUGGGUAAUCCGAUUAGAAUCGCCAAGGAGAAUGGUGUUUCCACUCCUGUUCUAUCAGUGAUUUAUUCAUUAUUGAAAAUGGUUCAGUUUAGAUUAAAAGAGGAGAGAAAGAUGUUCGUCUUGAAUGAGGCAGAUUUCAAAGGGAAUUCGGACGAAUACCCAACGGUAUUUAAACAAAAGUACCUUCAUUGA